GGCGCUUCCCCAUCAAUAUCCAUUCAAGCGGGGAACUUCAAUGUAAAAUUUUCAUCAGCAGGCUAUAAUUGCACGUACAUUGGUCCGCUGAGCAGCCUGGUUACCCUACACCUCCCGACGGGAUGGCCACAUAUAAGAUGCCCCUCCCCAGCCAACAUGAUGUCGUGUAGUCCAACCCUUGCGAUCAAGAUGUGGGCCCUCACAUUGCUGCUACUUGCGGGCGUCGCCCGAGCAGCUAUUCCUCAUGCCAUGCAGUCUCUCCAAAAAUUUCCAGUGCCGGAACGUUCUAUCACUUCGCCGAAUGGCACAGCACUCCCAAACAUUACCACCGUCUAUUACUUCGACCAGCUCAUCGACCACAAUAAUCCAGGCCUUGGAACCUUCCAGCAGCGAUACUGGAUGAACUGGGAGUUUUAUGAGCCUGGCGGUCCCAUUAUAUUGAUGACGCCUGGAGAAGAUAACGCAGAUGGCUACGGAGUAUACGUUACCAAUUACAGCAUCAAUGGUCUCAUUGCUCAGCAACAAAAUGGCGCAGCCAUCCUCAUCGAACACCGUUUCUUUGGUGAUUCCAAUCCAUACGACAACCUCACGUCACAAUCUCUCUCGCUCCUCACCAUCCAGCAGGCCAUUGAUGAUCUCGUGUAUUUUGCGACCACAGCCGACCUUCCCAUGUCUGGGGGUGAUGCUGUGAAACCAGGUCAGGCGCCAUGGAUAUUGAUUGGAGGAAGCUACUCGGGAGCCCUUACCAGUUAUACGAUGGUCAACAAACCGGGAGUUUUCUGGGCCGGAUAUUUAUCUUCGGCUACCGUGGAAACGAUCACUGACUAUUAUGAUUAUUUCACCCCUAUUCGCGAGUACAUGCCGCAGAACUGUUCUUCUGAUAUACAGGCAGUGAUCGCCUACCUGGAUAGCAUGUACGUGGCUAACGACACAGCCGGAAUCCAGAUGCUCCAGGAGGCAUUUGGCCUUGGCAGUCUCGAUCAUGUAGGCGAUUUCGCCGCCGCACUGGAAUACAACCUAUGGGAUUGGCAAUCUAUGCAACCUGAUGAUGGCCCAGGAUCAAUGUUCUAUCAGUUCUGUGAUGCGCUCGAAGUCAAGGACGGUGUCAAUGCCGGGCCUGACGGGUGGGGACUUGAGAAUGCUAUUAACUCUUGGGGCAACUUUUGGAACACUACAUACUACGAAUAUACCUGUCAGGAUCAAGAUGCUGAGGACUGCAUUGGGUCGUUUGAUCCGACUAUCAGCUACUGGACUAAUGUUACCGUGGAUAAUCCAGGCAGGUCGUGGUUUUGGAUGGUAUGCAACCAAAUCGGUUUCUACCAGGUUGGUCCCCCUGAAGGCCAACCUGCGAUCGUGAGCCGUAUCCUCCAGCCCAGUUUUGUAGAGCGCCAAUGUGUUAACAUGUUCCCUCAAGCCUUCACGUCUCCGCCUGAUACGCCCACGGCAGAGACAAACGCAAUGUACGCUGGUUGGAACGUGAAUGUCCCGCGUCUCUUCUUCGCCAACGGCUGGCGCGAUCCUUGGCGCGGGGGAACUGUGUCUGCUGAUGGGCUGAAUAAGCCUAACACUACUAGCAUGCCGAUCUAUAUGAGCGAUGGAUUCCACACCUCGGACAUGAUGACGGAUAAUGGCAUUGCAGAUCCGACUAUCGCGGUCGUGCAGAAUGCAGGAUUAAUGUACAUGAAGGAGUGGCUUGCUGAGUGGAAGCCUUCUACGUAGUAAAGGUCGAGUUGUCGAGACUUGUGCACAGGCAAGUUAUCUAUCCAUAAUUCAUCAUUCUAUACGUCUCAGGGGCAAUGGAUGGUUCGUGGUUCCUUCUUCCACUCAGGAACCAGCAUCCGUGGUAUUCGAAAGCCUUGAUUUAUAUUUUUCGGUGAUACACCUGUAGCUACAGCGUCUGUAUGAGUUGCCUGAGUUAUAGGCUGAUAUUUUUCUGAUAGGUCCUUCAUUGAGAAUUAUAAUUACAGUGCCAGAGGCGCUCGACCCAGAGGAAAUGCCGAAAGUCGUGAGUUUGCGACCGUGAUCUUGACAUUUUGACUGGCCGAGUUUUUAGCGAUGUGACGUGCGCAAUGAAAGGCGCGUUGCAACUUCGACUGAAGAUGCACAACACUCCGGGCCGGUCAAAACCGGUCCUUAGGACCAAGUUACCAAGUGAGUUUUGUUGACACCCGGGUGCAGUUACUUUUAC